AUGAUAGCAUCCAAUCGCCGCGCCCACAGGUGCGAGAUACCGAACCCUUCACCGAACAUCGUGGGUCUCGGUACGAGGAUGCUGCAUGAGCCCUUUUGGCUGGGACUCAUAGCAGUAUUCGUGGUCCUGGGCAUCAUCGGCCUGGUCUGGUGCGCGAAAAGACACUUCCCCGAGAAGAUUGAGAAGCUGCUCGCCGAAGAGGCGGACAGAUGCGCAAGACCGACGGCGCCGCGCGGCGAGCCGCCGCCGCACCGCACACUGCUAACGCGGCUGGGUAUUCGCAAGCCGUCCGUGUCGGGACUCGCGACGCACCCGCGAGCUGCCCGCACCUUUAGUUUGGACGAUCUGUUAAAGCCGCCCCACGGACGCUCUCCAUCGCCGCGAAAGAAACGCAACAACUCGACGCCGACGAAGAAGAACGCGGCCGAGAAGAAGCAAAUCCUGCAACAGCUGAUUAGCCCCGCGUCGGCAAACGAUCACUCGAAGAAGAUAACGAUGGGGGAACUGAUACAGAUGUCCGAAAAACGCACCCUAAGCACGGUGGAGAGCGCACCGGCGUUCGUUGAAUACGGCGUUGAGAACAAGGAAUCGUCUUUCGCCAGCGAGGGUUCGACGCCGUCGACGUCGCCCUCCACGCGUCACAUAUCCGAUCCAAAAUUGGAGAAGAAGGUCACAUUCGCCAGAUUAAUGAACAAAGUGUCGGCAGAAAUGAGCUCCAGCUCCGACGUGGACAUGGUGAACACGAUCGCGAUCCCAAUGGCGGUCAUAGCGGACAGGACGGUGAAAACUAAAGCGUCCAGCACCCCGCCGUCGCCAGGAGUCGAAGUGAGAUCACCGCACAGCACGUCCAGCAAUCAAGGGAGCGACUCAAUGUCCAGCUUGGAUUUAACAUUGGCUCACGCAGCCUUAAAAAAGUAUUCGAGGACCCCGAAAAUUUCAAGCGCGGACUCGAUACUCGCAAUGUUUCGCAACUUCUCUUCUUCAUCAGCGGCUAUGGUGUCUAGGGCUUCGUCCGGAGGUAUAUCAGCGUCGAGCACUCCAACGGCAUCUUCUCCACAAGAUGACACCGUAGACGACGAUGUGUCACUAGCGUCAUCACACAUACCGUCACUGGCACCAGACUCUCCGGUCGCUAGGCCACACAACACUAUCGAGAUACAGGUCCUUGAUCCACUCAGUGCACACAAAUCAACGGCCUCUGGAAGCAACCUCCUUCACCCACCCUCAAUUCUCCUCGAAGUUCCGAGUAGCAUAAAUAAAUGUCUGUCCCCCAUAAGAGAGCUGCCAACUCCAUUGCCAACACCCCUGCCUACACCCUUAGCUACACCCUUACCCUCGCCCCGAAUGCCAAGGCUGAAGAUGGAUGCCGAUAUCAUAGACGAAUCAGCAGCUUGCCUCUCGCCUAGCGAAGAUGAGCUGGAUGAAAUCAAAACAGAGAAAACUGAGAGACCCACUGCCGGUUUGAGGCUAAAGCUACGCCAACCAGCACUUAGUAUAGAUACGCCAACGCCGUCCACCCACGUGACGGAUUCGCCAAGUCCCAGCUUCACCCAGAGUCAGGAUUCUGAAAGAGAGAUGUCCUCCCCAUCUCCCGCGCCGCCAACAUUGCGAGUUCCCGUGCUAACUAUAGAGCGCCCUUCACCGGGCUCACCGCCGCCGAGACGGACCCCGCCACAUCUAGAAUUUCAGCCACCCCCAUUAAUAACGGUCACUUACAAUGCGAGCGAGGAGUCCGAUGAACCGUUAUCACCAAGGCCACCGCCGCCCUCCGCGAACAUGUGCUACUUGAGUCCGUUCUCCAUGUCUGCCAGGGGAGAGAGAGCCCCGUCGGAGUCGAACUUGUCCUCUUCUGGAUAUAGCUCAAUGGCCAGCCCGGGCCCGUCUAGGUGCGGUUCAAGUAAUCCCCUGUGCCCGUCCGAAAUGGAGGACCCGGGGUCCGGCGGUGGUCCGUCGUGUUUCCAAAGAAGGCGACCGCUAAUGAAGACCAACUCCAGCCCAGCCAGCUCCAAUAACGACACGAACGAAAGGCGACGCGGCAGAUCUGAUUCGGAGACACUUUCCGACGACCCAUUGCUGGAAUCCAACGACGAAGGCAUCGGGACCGACGAGAGGGUCGACGAUGUGCCGUCGAGCGCUAAAGAGAUGGAAACCUUGGCGAUAUUGAAGGAGACGCUCGAGAUACCGCAAAUCUGCUCGCCGAGCGGCGUAACGAAAUGCUCGAUAGUGAAGUGUAUAAGCGUUGAGCGGGGGUUGGACGAGAGGGCUUGCUUGAAGCCACCCAUGCUGCUGUCAGACGGUAGUCGACCGUUGAGCCCAGUAAGUUCAAGAAGCGAGAGCCCUCUAAGCGACAAGACCGGCUUGGGACGAUUCUCACCGCAAUUCUACGGGCGACAGCUGCCGUUCACGGACUCCGACGGCCUAUACGACUUCCCAAGUUCUGAGUGCGUGAAGGGAGGUAGCUGCAGAGCGGGAAAUAACUCGCACAGAAAAGCGGGCAGGAGAAGAGACAGGCGAGCGAGCAGGACCGUUUCACACGACGCUUCGGGAACGACCAAGACAACACUCCCGCAUAUGCCACAUUCAAUGCACAACUUGCUAGAGGUGCCAUGUUCCAACCGCGGCCGGAAGGUCGGCAGGCGACGGUCGCGGUCCCAGGCCCCGGCGCUUGCGUCCUCGUCGUCGUCAGAGGACUCCGUUUCCAACGCUUCGGUGGCGUCGAUCGCUUCGGCGCGAGAGCUCAGGCUGCCGCCCGACGUCGAGCUGCAGGAUACGUCUUCGAAAAUAUCCUCAAGCUUUGAUCUAACUGAGGACUCUCGAAAACCAGUAAAAGUCAACAAGCUGCGGACGAUAAGUAAUCAAAUAAGAUUCCUUCGACGCCUGGAGCGUAGUUUAAAAAUGAAGGAAAGCUACCCUGCGCUUUCGGACGAUGAAGGUGACGAGUCAUCCAGUGUCACGUCACCUCUGCUGCAGGGCCGUAAAGAAUUAAACCAUAUGUCUGGCCACGCAAUAUCAGCUCCUAUGCUGGGCGCGGCUCGGCCUAAAAUGAUGAGACAAAGGCGAUACGAUAGGUCGUUGCUAAGUGAGGACACAAGGACGUUAAACACGGCUGCGGGAAACGACGUUUCCGAU